CACAUGCCACCUCCCACAUUCAUUCUUCUUUUCGCUUCAAUCAAGCAAAUACAAGAACUAUGACUUUAUCUCUACGUUCUUUCACUUCUUUUAUCAAUCUUAACGACACCAGAACCCUCAAAACUUCCGACGAUUUCUCUAGCGCAAUUUGCUUCGCCAAAAUCAAACUUUCCUGCCGUCUCCGCGCAAAGAGUUCAAUGCAAGAACCACAGCUCUCGCGGGGAAAUCAGUUAGCAAAAGAAGGAUUGAGGAAAAGCGAGAUAAAAGAGAAGCUCCAUGAGCUUCCUGUGGCUCAUCGUCACCGUGGAAACGACACGAGGGUGCCUGUGUUUGUGAUGCUUCCAUUGGACACGGUGACACAGGGGGGGAAUUUGAAUAAACCCAGAGCCAUGAAUGCUAGUUUAAUGGCUUUGAAAAGCGCAGGGGUUGAAGGUGUGAUGGUCGAUGCUUGGUGGGGUUUGGUGGAGAAAGAUGGACCUUUAAAGUACAGCUGGGAAGGUUAUUCUGAGUUAAUUCAGAUGGUUCAAAAGCAUGGCUUGAAGCUCCAAGUGGUCAUGUCUUUUCACCAGUGUGGGGGGAAUGUUGGAGACUCUUGCAGCAUUCCGCUGCCACCAUGGGUGCUUGAAGAAAUCAGCAAGAACCCUGACCUUGUGUAUACAGACAGAUCUGGACGACGGAAUCCUGAAUAUAUCUCGUUGGGCUGUGACAUGAUUCCAGUGCUCAGAGGAAGAAUGCCCAUUCAGGUUUAUUCUGACUUCAUGAGGAGCUUCCGAGAUACUUUCAGAGAUUACUUGGGAAGAAGUGUGGUGGAAAUUCAAGUGGGCAUGGGUCCUUGUGGAGAACUGAGAUACCCAGCUUAUCCAGAAAGCAAUGGAACCUGGAGAUUCCCCGGAAUUGGAGAAUUCCAAUGCUAUGACAAGUACAUGAGAGCUUCAUUGGCAGCAUCAGCAGAGGCAUCUGGUAAAAAGGAUUGGGGAAGAAGUGGACCGCAUGAUUCUGGGCAAUACAAUCAAUUUCCAGAAGACACAGGCUUUUUCCGAAGAGAUGGUACCUGGAAUUCCGAGUAUGGACGAUUUUUCUUGGAAUGGUACUCUGAGAAGCUACUAGAUCACGGAGAUCAGAUGCUGGCAGCUGCAAAAGGAAUAUUUCAAGGAACUGGUGUAAAUCUAUCUGGAAAAGUAGCUGGAAUUCAUUGGCAUUACAGAACAAGGUCUCAUGCGGCUGAAUUAACUGCUGGGUACCACAAUACAAGACAUCGAGAUGGUUACCUACCAAUAGCAAGAAUGUUCAGUAAGUAUGGAGUAAUAUUUAACUUCACCUGCAUGGAAAUGAGAGACAGAGAACAACCUGAUUAUGCAAAUUGCUCGCCAGAAGGGUUAGUUUGGCAAGUAAAGAUAGCAACGAAGGCUGCUGCAGUAGAACUUGCCGGAGAGAAUGCCCUGGAAAGGUAUGACGCCAGUGCUUAUGGACAAGUUAUGGCAACAAGUAGAUCAGGUUCUGGCAACGGAUUGAGUGCAUUCACAUACCUAAGAAUGAAUAAGAAAUUGUUCGAGGGGGACAAUUGGAGACAUUUCGUGGAGUUUGUGAAACGCAUGUCAGAAGGAGGUAGAACCAGGCUCCCAGAAUGUGACUCAAUUGGGAGCAACCUUUAUGUUGGUUUUAUUAAAGAUAAGAAGGAGAAGAAAAACAAGGAAGCUGCACUUGUGUAGCAAAGGAUUCUCAUGUUACACUAUUACAGUACGUACCGUAUCAUAAAUAUAGAGAAAAAAAACAUCGUGGCAGGUAGACACAAUAAGAACUGUAUAUCCUAUCUCCAAAUCAUGAAUGGAGAACAUCUUUAUCAGCUAAUAUACUUUUUCAGUCUCGUUUAUACACAUGAAAAAUUGGUCAAUAUAUAAAUGACAUAUAGGUUUGAGAUUGAAUAGAUUCAUUGUGUGUCAACAAUAUUCAAUAGAAUUUUGUGCUUCUCAACA